GUCUGCGGGUGUUCCAGCCCGCCGUGCCCAGGGGGCUGCUUUUCUUCCCGCCCCUCCUGCAGGCUGUCCAAGCCCCCACUGGAGAAUAAAAGGACUCAGCGGACUGGAGAGGACUGGAGUCAGGCCGGUACGGACAGAAAAAUACAGGAAGGAGAAGGGGGAAAGAAGAGAGGUGCAGGGCUCUGGGGGCCAGGAGGCCGUGGCAAGAAGCAGACCAGCUGGGACACUUGGAGCAGUAUAAAUAGCCAUCCGCCCGCCUGCCCUGACCUACCGAGCUUGGCCAUCCGGAGUUUGCAGCUGCAGCAGCCUGGCCACCGCUGGCCACAGUUGGCUGUCCUGAGCCCAAGCCCGAGUGGCAGACUGGCAGGCAGGCAGGCAUAGCCCCUGGGGACUCUGAGCGGACACAACUUGCCAUCCCCGGGACUGAUGCUCUGUUACGCUGCCAUGCUGCAGGGUGGCCUCCUCCUCCUCCUGGUGGCCACCACGACUGCAGCCCAACAGAGGCGGCAGGAGGCCAAUGGUCGCUGGUCCCAUCGCAUCCAGCAUGGUCAGUGCAGCUACACCUUUGUGCUGCCUGAGCCUCGGCCCUGUCUGCAGGAGCCAGAGACCUUUGGGGGCUCCAACAUCCUCCAGAGGGACUCAGCUGCUAGUGCACUGCACUUGGGGGACUGGCGGGCUCAGCGGGUGCAACGGCUGGAGAGGGCAUUGGAAAACAACACGCGGUGGCUGCGGAAGCUGGAGAGGUACAUCCAGAUGAACGUGAGAUCGGAGCUGGUGCAGGCCCAGAAGCAGCUGGUCCAGAACCAGACGGCCACCAUGCUGGAGCUGGGCACCAACCUCCUGAACCAGACCACCGCUAAGACCCGCAAGCUCACUGACGUCGAGGCUCAGGUGCUAAACCAGACGUCGCGCAUGGAGAGCCAGCUGCUGGAGACCUCGCUGUCCACCAACAAGCUGGAGAAGCAACUGCUGCUGCAGAGUCGUGAGCUCCACCAGCUGCAGGGCCACAACAGCGUGCUGGAGACUCGGUUGCAGGCCCUGGAGGCCCAGCAGCAGGCAGAGCUGGCCAGUCUCCGAGGUGAAAAGGAGAAGCUGCAGCGCCUGCUGGGCCGCCAGAACGGCACCCUCAUCGGCAUCCAGCGCAGCUUGCUCGCGGCCAGCAGCAACUCCAGUCUCCUGCAGAGCCAGCAGCGCCAACUCUUGGAGUUUCUGCAGCGGCUGGUGCAUUUCCUGGCUCAGGGCCCUGCAUCCGUGAGGGCAGCUGAGCAAAAGUUCCAGGACUGUGCAGAGAUCCAGCGUGGCGGGGCCAAUACCAGCGGCAUCUACACCAUCUACGUGGCCAAUGUCACAGAGCCCAGGAAGGUGUUCUGUGACAUGGAGACCGAUGGAGGCGGCUGGACCCUUAUCCAGCACCGAGAAGAUGGCACUGAGAACUUCCAGCGGAAUUGGAAGGAUUACAAACAGGGCUUCGGUGACCCCGCUGGGGAACACUGGCUGGGCAAUGAGGUUGUGCACCAGCUCACCAGCAGGACAGCCUAUUCAUUGCGUGUGGAGCUGCAGGACUGGGACGGCCAGCUGGUCUACGCCCAGUAUGAACGUUUCCAGUUGGGCAGCGAGGGGCAGCUGUACAGGCUUUCUGUGAGUGGCUACAAUGGUUCUGCUGGGCGCCAGAGCAGCCUGCCCCUACAAGGUGCCAACUUCAGCACCCGUGAUGCAGACAAUGACAACUGCCACUGCAAGUGUGCCCAGAUGCUGUCAGGAGGCUGGUGGUAUGAUGCCUGCGGCCUCUCCAACCUCAACGGCAUCUACUACCCAGUACGACACCACCUGCGCAAGAUCAACGGCAUCCGCUGGCAAUAUUUCCGGGGUUCCAGCUACUCACUGCGUGCCACUCGAAUGAUGCUGAGGCCCGUGGGCGUCUGAGGGGCAGUCAUGCCCCAAGGCUGGGCCACCCAGGAGAGCCCAGACUGCCUGUUCCCCGAGCCAGCCUAGACCCACACAUCAGACACAACACCGUGGUCUUGUCUGUGACCCUCUAGUCACCUGAGCCAUUCCUCCUUGACACAGAAGUUCAGAGACGUCCUCUGCCUCUUGGCUCCCCUGCCUGUGAAAUGGUGGAUGUUUUGGUGGGGAGUCCUGGCCUCUGCAGUUCCCUGUGCCGCCCUUCCGUCCUGCCUCCUGUGGGAGGCUGCUGCCUUGAGGGUGCUGUCAGGGUUGCCAGCAGCAGAUAAGAUGUGGCAGCAAAGUGGCCAGAUCCUGGCCCUGGUAUUGGCAAGAAGAUUGCCUCUGCUCUGAGCUUCCACUGCAAGCUUUCCCAGCCAUGCCACAUCCUCAAACGUUUCCUCCAAGCCCUAAAGGGGCUGCAUCCAUCCCUGAGGGUAAUUGUGUCCUUUCCACAUUGGAUGGGGUCCAGGCUGCAGGGUUUGGGACUCACACUUACUCACCCCAGGACAUUGGGAGAUCCCAGAGGAAUUCCGCCCCUUCCAGCCUGUCCUGGAGUGCAUUCCCCUGGGAAUCAUGGCAGCUCCUCUUGAGCUCUCUCCUCUUGAGCUCUCUCUAUGAGCAAGUGAGGAAGGGAAAUAGCAGGUGAAUGUGAACGCCAUGCCUAGCUGCAAGACUUGUCAGGGCCUUUCAUGUGAACCCGUGCCUUAUGACUGCUGUCCACUAGGGGCCUAGAGCGGGCAGCUUUCUCCCCAUGUCUUACUUCAAAGUGGACCCCAUUUGUUCCAGAGGUUCUCCUGGGGCUGUGGAUGCCCUUGGAAAAGUUAGUCUUUACCAGUCGGUCAGAAGGAAGAGCCCAGGGCCCUAUCCCCACACCUCUCCCUUUUGGUGACCACAGCACAGUGACAGGUUCAAAAAGCCCCUAAGAAUGACUGGAAGGGAUCUUUGGGUUAGAACAGACAUCA